AAAAUCUAAUCUAAAGAAAUCAUAAAAAUCAACUACUCUUUAGCUUUCAUAUAUUUCUACCACUAUUUAAUAAUUGUUUUACAAAUAAUGCCUUCUAGAUCAUUUCUUGUUAACAGUGUAAAGUAUUUUUGUAAUGAGAGUAUUAAAUUUGGAAGAUAUAACUUAGUGAAGCCUGGAAAUGUUUCGAGGUCUCUCUCAAUUCCUGAGUGUAUACCAAAGCCAAGUUAUUACCUUACUGGUGUCCCUUCGGAAACUUUAAAUAGCAUAGACAUUAAAGACCACAAGCAAAUAUUACAAAUGAAAAAAGCUUGCAGAUUAGCAGCAAAUAUUCUGAAAAGCGUUAGCCAGCAUAUUAAAAUUGGACAAACUACAGAUGAAAUAGAUAAGUUCGUUCAUAAACUUACAAUAGAAAACAAAGCCUAUCCAUCACCUUAUAAUUAUAAACAUUUCCCUAAAUCCGUUUGUACAUCAGUCAAUAAUGUUGCGUGCCAUGGAAUUCCUGAUGAUAGGCCCUUAGAAGAUGGAGAUAUAAUUAAUGUAGAUAUAACGGUUUUCUUUGAAGGUUAUCAUGGAGAUUGUUCAAAAACAUUUUUAGUUGGAGAUGUGGAUGAAAUCGGAAUAAAUUUGGUAGAAUCGACAGAAGAAUGCUUAAAUAUGGCAAUUGAUAUGUGCAAACCUGGUCGAAGAUUUCGGGACUUGGGAGAAUUUAUAUCAAGGUCGGCAUGUUUGAUGGGAUAUACUGUUAUACCUGCUUUCAUAGGCCAUGGAUUGGGUACUUAUUUUCAUGGACCCCCUGAUAUUUAUCAUAUUGCAAAUGAUUAUCCAGGAGUAAUGGAAAAGGGAAUGACCUUCACAAUUGAGCCAGUUAUUGGCCAAGGAACUGAAAUGGUGGAGAUUUUGGAAGACGGAUGGACGGCUGUAACUGUUGACGGAUCUAGAACUGCCCAGUUUGAGCAUACUAUAUGUAUAACGAAUGAUGGAGCUGAAAUACUUACUCUACCAGAUUGAAAUUCUUUAUUGUACAGUGUUACUUAUUAAACGCUAUUGCG